UUAUAAAAUGGAUUUGAGUUCUCCUGAUCUUCUAUUUGAGCAGCCGAUUUGUAUUAAUAAUAAGAAAGUUAGAUGGCUGGAAUUAAAAGAUUCUUAUGGUAGGGCUGAAGGUCUCAUCUUCAAAAAUAUAAAAAUGCAAGUUAAAAAGUACACUUCUUUGUAUGGGCCAGGCGCUCUCAUGUUUAAGUACGGAUUCUCAGAACUCCUUAAAGAAAAGUUGAAGGCAACAUUAGUUUUGGAUGCGGAGCAUUUGUUUUACGAUACUUCCUUGCAGUACGAUCCGUCGCUUCCGAAUAAUCUAAAUUCAAGUCAAGUUGCACCAGUUUUGCUGCCCUCCGCCUUGCGUUCAUCUCAUCGGAUCGUACGUUGCUCGCUUUGUCGGUUAACCACGUGUCCUUCCUGCACGUGUUUUACGACGGAUCAUCUUUAUGUUUGCACCGCUUGCUGCACACGGAAAAGUAAAAAAGAGCUGUUUCCAUUUUUAAUCCAAUCGAAGCAGGAACCUUUGAAAGCAAGUAAAGUUGUAAACGAUUCUCCGCCCUCGCAAGUUAAUAAUAAACGAAAGAAAAAAACUACCAAACCAUUGAAGAAAGCAAAAAUUCACGAAUCUCAUAAAUUUUCUUGGAGGAACUUCGGAAGGGUAAUCGCGUUGGCCAAUACCAGCGUUACCAGACCUUUUGGGGGACGCAAGCUUUGCAUCGCGGUCCCCCGAUGCGUUCAAUGGGGCAAGGGCCGGUUGAUAGCCCUAGGUACGAAAGCAAGAGAUAGUCCUGCUACUUGUGCAAAUUGCGGUCGACCGCACACCGCUAAUUAUCAUGGCUGCAAAUACUAUCCGCGGAAGUCAGUCCGCUAA